GCAUCGGGCCCCCAGGCGGAGCGGCGGGCGCCGGGCCCCCAGGAGGGGCGACAGGCAUCGGGCCCCCAGGCGGGGCGACAGGCGUCGGGCCCCCAGGCGGGGCGACAGGCGUCGGGCCCCCAGGCGGGGCGACAGGCUCGGGCCCCCAGGCGGGGCGACAGGCAUCGGGCCCCCAGGCGGGGCGACAGGCAUCGGGCCCCCAGGCGGGGCGACAGGCAUCGGGCCCCCAGGCGGGGCGACAGGCAUCGGGCCCCCAGGCGGGGCGACAGGCGCCGGCCCCCCAGGCGGGGCGACAGGCUCGGGACCCCCAGGCGGGGCGACAGGCGCCGGACCCCCAGGCGGAGCGACAGGUCUCGGGCCCUCAGGCGGAGCGGGGGCGCCGGACCCCCAGGUGGAGCGACAGGUCUCGGGCCCCCAGGCGGAGCGGCGGACGCCGGACCCCCAGGCGGAGCGACAGGUCUCGGGCCCUCAGGCGGAGCGGCGGGCGCCGGACCCCCAGAUGGAGCGACAGGUCUCGGGCCCUCAGGCGGAGCGGCGGGCGCCGGACCCCCAGGUGGAGCGACAGGUCUCGGGCCCUCAGGCGGAGCGGCGGGCGCCGGACCCCCAGGCGGAGCGGCGGGCGCCGGACCCCCAGGUGGAACGACAGGUCUCGGGCCCUCAGGCGGAGCGGCGGGCGCCGGACCCCCAGGUGGAGCGACAGGUCUCGGGCCCCCAGGCGAAGCGGCGGGCACCGAGUCACCAGGCACGACAGUGGGCUCCGAGUCAACUGGCAUGACCGCUGGCACUGGGUCAGACAUUGGAUCGUCUGGCUGGACAGCGGGCAUCGGGUCACCAGGCAUCAGGUCAUUUGGCAUCGAC